CCACCUCCCACCUGCCAUAUAAGCAGUGCUACCUGUCAUUGCCCAUCAAUGCCACCUGCCAGUGCCCAUCAGUGCACAUCAAUGCAAUAUAUCAGUGCCCAUCUGAGCUGCCUUUCAUUGCCAGUCAGUGCCACCUAUCAAUACCAGUCUGUGCCACCUAUCAGUGCUGCCAAUCAGUACCACCUAUCAGUGCCAGUCAGUGCUGCCUCUAAGUGCCUGUCAGUGCUGCCUAACAGUGCCAGUCAGUGCCGCCUAUCCGUGCCAGUCAGUGCCGCCUAUCAGUGCCAUAUAUGAGUGCUGCCUUUCAGUGCCCAUCAGUGAUGUCUGUCAAUGC